AUGAAUGCUAUUACUCAAGAAGCUAAGCUGAAGUUGUUGUGCAAAUCAAGAAUAAAAAAAACCAUCAUUGCCCCAUUCACAUAUGAUUAUGAGGUCACCUCCUCAAUCCCUCCUGCAAGGCUGUUCAAGGUCUUCAGCCUUGAUGAUAACCUCAUUGCCACGGUGUUGCCACAAGCCAUCAAAGGCGUCGAAAUCGUUGAAGGAGAUGGAGGAGCUGGAACCAUUAAGUUGAUCACCUUUGGUGAAGGUAGCCAAUUUAAGAGUGCAAAACACGCAGUUGGUGCACUGGACAAAGACAACUUCACUUACAGCUAUACUGUAAUUGAAAGUGAUGCCUUCGCGGAUGUGAUUGAGAAAGUCGCUUAUGUUGUCCAAAUUGAAGCUUCUGCCGUUGGAGGGUCAAUCUGCAAAACCAGCAGUACAUACUACACUAAGGCUGAUAUUCAGUUUACAGAAGAACAACUUGAGGGAGGAAAAGAAAAGAUUAAGGCAGGAAAAGAAAAAGCCCUGGCCAUGUUCAAGGCCGUUGAGGCCUACCUUCUUCCAAAUCCUGAUGCAUACAACUGA